CGGCAUAUAAACAAAUUCAAACAAAUAAGGGAGUGAACCUAUUAGAGGGAUUCUUGCCCCACCUUCAGGCGAGACGACAAAUUGCACCAGUCUCCUAGCAACAGCAGCAAGCCAAACACCCUGACCGUAUGCUUACAGUUUAGCAGGUAUUUGUGAAGUAAACCCCGGCAUAUAUGUGGGUUGAACUAUUUGACCUCUGAAUGGGUAAAAAAGUCAAAAAGGAGCCUGAGUCAUUUCCUAAAGAUGUGUUCGACCCUUUGUCUAUCGAGAGCAAGAAUGCGGCAACCGCAGUCCUCAUGCUCAGUUCCCCCGAAGAGGACGUGUUGGCAAAAGCUUGUGAAGCCAUCCACAAAUUUGCAGAAAAAGGUGAUGAGAAUAAGAGUUCUCUGAUGGGUUUGGGGGCAGUUGAACCUCUGUCUCGCCUCAUAUCUCACGAGGACAAGAUCGUGCAGAAGAAAGCUGUCAUGGCACUGGGGGUCAUGGCUUCUAACUGUGAGGUUAAAAAAGGUUUGAAGUCAAUGGAUGUGAUGCCUGCAAUUAUCAGCAAACUAUCACCUCAAGAGGACCUUGUGGUGCUUGAAUUCGCCACGUUGUGUUUGGCUUUCUUGUCUGUCGACUGCACAUUCAAAGUCCAAAUAUUUGAGCAUAAAGGACUUGAACCUCUCAUCCGCCUCUUGUGCAACCCUGAUGCCGAUGUGAAAAAGAAUUCGGCAGAGUGCAUCUUUAAUCUUGUACAAGACUUUCAGAAUCGAGCGGCCGUGCCCGGGCUAAAUGGGUUUCCUCCGCUUCUGGAUCUGUUGUGCUCAGAGUUCCCUGUUAUCCAGCAGCUUGCCAUGCGUACCAUCGAGACCAUUACCAGUGACCGCGAGAGCCUUGUGGCCUUCAGGAAUGCACAGGGCCUUAACAAAAUCCUGGAGGUCCUUGCAAACAAAGAGUUUCAUGACCUGCAUGGGGUGGCUCUUAAGGUUAUCUCCAACUGUUUGGAAGACAGCGAGUCCGUGUGGCUUAUUCAGGGGGUGGGCGGCUUAGAACACUUGCUGCAAUUUGUCAUCACACCCACAUUGCCUGAGGUGCAGGCUAAUGCAGUCAAAGCCAUAGCAAGAGUGGCACAAAACGGUGAGAUCAGAAAAAUCCUGCACGGACAAAAUGUCGAAAAGGCCCUCACUGACCUUCUUACACAGGAGAAUGAUAACAUACGCAUAGCAACAUGUCAAGCUGUUGCAACCGUUAGCAAGAACCUGUCCAGCAGAGACAUUUUCAGAAGUCUGGAUGCGAUAAAGCUCAUCGUACGACUGCUGAACAGCGAGGGAAGUGAGUUAAGAACGGCGGCAGCCGAGGCCCUAUCCGGGCUGACCGACAACAACAAGCUUAAUGCAUAUGCAGUGUACGACGCCGGGGGAGACAAGCUUCUGGUGCGACAGCUGCGAGACAGCUGCGCAUGGGCAGCUGUGCAUGCGGCAGUGGUCUGCACAAACAUGGCAAAGCAGGAGGAGCUGCGCAGCUGCAUUCUGGCCCAUGGAGCUAUGCCAGCGUUGGUGGAACUGCUACACUCCAGUGACAACCACACGCUCAUCAGUGCAACGCAGGCUGUGGCCUCACUGGCCUGUGAUGCAGAGGCCAGGCAAGAGCUGAGAAAUGUUGGAGGUCUGACACAUUUGAUCAAAUUGCUCAGAUCAAUCAAUGCCGAUGUUCGGAGGAAUGCUUGCUGGGCUGUUAGUGUGUGUGCAAAUGAUGAAAUAACUGCCAUAGAAAUGUGCAAUGCAGGAGCUCUGGAAAUACUCCAGGAAAUCAAUCUGUCAGUUCACCGUAAAAGCAAGUUAAGUGAGGUAGCACUGCAGAAACUCCAGGACAACAGUCUUUCAUUGAAGUAUAGUCUGACAGGACACCUUCCACCCACUGAUAUAACCACUGAUGGCUUCUAUGACCCUGGACAGAUAAGAAUGGGUCAGCAGGUUCCUACCUUAGAGGAUCUAUCUAAACAGUCUGUCAACCAACAUCGAGCCAUCAUUGCGGUUAAUGGAAAACAGCCAGAUCAAUUGAUUCCCAAAGGACCCGAUGAGCGUAAACAAGACAGUCCGACAGAAACUGGCACCUCAUCAGUUAUGAGCAGCAAACGGAGCAGUAAAACACCCAUUAAAAUGAAGGGAAAGGGUCAAAAAGAGGAAAAGAAGGAUGAAGAGGAGAUUAAACCCCAGCAGGAAGUGGUUCUGGAGGAAGGGUGGAAGCUGCCGUAUGAUGCUGAGUUUCAUAACCUUGUCAAACAGGCAGUCAAAUCUGUCUUGCCUCUGGAUGAUGCCAAGAUGUAUACUGCUUUAGCUGUGUUGGUUUGUGAUGCGAUGGGUGGACAGGUCGAGCCAGAGAAACUGCAUGACUUUCUAUGGGAACUGCACAUCAGCAAACUGAAGCUUGAAAUCAAUUCAAACAUCAUUCCGAUAGGCAAGAUAAAAAAGGGCAUCUACUUUCACAGAGCACUGCUUUUUAAGGUUCUUGCCGAUAGAAUUGGAUUGAGGUGCAGUCUCGUGAGAGGACAAUACAAUCGUGCCUGGAAUGAAAUCCUGCUUAUCAAUGGUCCAAAAAAACCUUAUGGUUACACUCGGCCUGAGAACUACAUCAUAGAUCUCAUUCACCAACCUGGCAACCUCAUGAAAAGCAAUUCAGCAGCAGCUCUAGCAUAUCAAAGCAUUUAACAGCAC